AUGGCAAUAGAUGAGCAUGUUCUAGGGGCGGAUGAAGCUGCUUUCUUCAAGGAAAUAUGGUGUAAGUAUGUCCCUUUAAAGGUGGCAGUUGUAAGGGAGCAUCCAGAGCCCACACCACAUCUGUUUUUCUCCUACAGGGUUAUUUAUAACAUAUGGUUGUCUUGCAAUAAUUGGAUAGGAAAUCAAGGAGCUCUACCGCUAGAAGGAAUGGCUCACUUUCAUCAACAUGUGUUGAUGUGCAAAAGCAAGAAGGUGAAUGGUAUGUGGAAGACUAUAUGGUUCGCAAAAAUCUGGAUUGUAUGGUUGAGCAGAAACGCGUUUAUUUUCAAUGCAAAGGCCAUUGAUGUGGAAGAGAUUUGUAGGCUGAUCAAAUGGAAGGCCUGGUUAUGGCUUAGAGCAAGAGUUACUACCUUCAAAGCCUCCUACUAUGAAUGGGAGAUUGAUCCUAGGUAUUGCUUGAGCAUGGGUGUUGCUGCUGAUCGCUGA